ACCAGCAGCUAAAAUCACUGGUUUACAAACUUCACUUUCCUGUUGGAAGUUGGUGGAAUUAUCGAUCACUGGCCACUUUAAUCUGUUUAAUCCUCUGUGUUGGAGCAGGAGGUGAUGUGAAGGGGUUAAGAUCCAGAGGAAUGUGGAGGGAGGAGUUGUUUUCACUCCACACCAGCUUUUCAUCCUCUCACAUUCUCCAUCCUCUUCCUCAGGUCGUGUCUGCCAUCAUGAUGUCCAGGUCUCUGCCCAGAGGAAUCAACCCGCCCACUUUACCCCGCGGCAUGACCAUGCCCAGUUUACCCAGUCUGCCCAGAGGAGUGUCGCUGCCGAGGGUCGUCGCCAUGCCAACUGUUUCCCAGGCUCCUCGGAGGCUGCUGCAGGACUGCUGCUCUGUUCUGGACCAUCAGACACCUGGAGGUGUGUGCGGCUGCUGCUGGGCGCUGCGUCCUCGCUACAAGAGGCUGGUGGACAAUAUUUUCCCUGAAGAUCCAGAGGACGGCCUGGUCAAAGCUAACAUGGAGAAGCUAACCUUCUUCGCGCUGUCAGCUCCUGAGAAACUGGAUCGUAUCGCAGCGUAUCUUUCUGAGAGACUGACCAGAGAAUUGAACCGACAACGCUACGGGUUCGUCUCCAUAGCAAUGGAGGCGUUGGAGCAGCUGCUGUUAGCGUGUCACUGUCAGAGCAUCAACCUGCUGGUGGAGAGUUUCCUGGGAACUCUGCGUCUGCUGCUGGAGACAGACAGGCCACACCUCCACGUCCUCGCCACCAACUCUUUUGUGAAGUUUGCCAACAUUGAGGAGGACACGCCCUCGUACCACCGCAGCUACGACUUCCUCGUGUCUCGCUUCAGUCAGAUGUGUCGCUGCCAACACGAGGACCAAGACGUCCGCAACCAAAUCCGUGUGUCGGGGAUCCGUGGUCUACAGGGCGUGGUCAGGAAGACUGUGGACGACGAGCUGCAGGUCAACAUCUGGGAGCCGGGUCACAUGGAGCAGAUUGUCCCCGCCCUGCUGGUCAACCUGCAGCAGCACACACACUCACAGAGUGAGUCUCCAGCAGAGCAGACUGAGCUGUGUUUCAGAGAGCUGUUGAGUCGAGCUGCUUAUGGACACAUCAACAACGCCAUCAGACCUGUGCUCAUGCACCUGGACACUCACAGUCUGUGGGAGGAGCCCAGUUUUGCUGUUCGAUGUUUUCAGAUCAUCAUGUUCUCCAUCCAGUCUCAGCACUGUCACCUGGUCGUCCAGCAGCUUCUGUCUCACCUGGACACCAACAGUCUGAGUCCAGCGUCAGUGAGAGCAGGAAUCAUCCAAGUCCUGUCUGAGGCUGCUGUGAUAGAAGCUGCUGGAUCUGUGGGUCCCACGGUGUUGGAGGUCUUCAACACGCUACUGCGACAGCUCCGGCAGAGCGUGGACGACCAGCUGACUGGUUACUAUGACAACGCUGGGAGACGUAGAACCACGUGUGAGGAGGAGAAGACACUGCAGGACGCCGUCAUCAGGACCAUCGGAAGCUUCGCCAACACACUUCCUGUCUACCAGAGGUCAGAGGUCAUGCUUUUCAUCAUAGGGAAGAUUCCUGUUCCUGGCGUCUAUCCUGCUCUGGACUCGCCCAACACUGGGUGUGAAGGCAGCAGGAUGAUCCAGGUGAUGCUGUUAAAGUCUCUGCUGCAGGUGUCAGAGCACUAUGACAGCACUAACCUGUUGGUGGCGCUGCCCUCGUCUUUCCUGGAGCCGCUGCUGUCCUUCACUCUGAUGGAAGAUCCUGAGAUUUGUCUGCUCGUCCUCAAGGUCCUCGUCUCACUGAUGGACCGUCACCACAACACACACACACUGAGAGAGGCCAGUGUAGCUGUGGACGUGUCCCUGCUGCAGCUGAAGGAGGACACGUCGUCUCGUCAGGACAUUCUCUUCAUUAGGAAGCACGCUCAGCGUCUCUACAGACACGUCUACCUGGUGUGUAAGGAGGAGAGCAGUGGGCGGAGCCACUAUCACGCCCUCUUCACCUUAUUGGCCGUCCUGAUUGUGGAGCUGUCCAAUGAGGACGUGACUGUGGACCUGAUCAGGCUGGUCCUCGCUCUGCAGGAGCUAGUAUCUUGCAAUCAGGAGAGUCUGACAGUGUUUAACCACUGUGGUGUCCACGCCCUCUGUGCCGCCGUCCUCAGUCUGAUGUCCACACUGACAUGUCCUCUAUUACUGAGACACGUCUCUGAGGUGAUAGUGCGUCGUCAGCAGGUGGCUCCUCACCUGCUUCCUGACCACGCCCUCUGUGAUGAUGUCAUCACUCCCCCCACUGAGCUGCAGGUGGAUGACGCCCUCCUGUUUGUCCAAUCAGAGAUGAGCGAGGCUCUGACAGGAAGCAGCUCCAGCUCUGAGCGCAUCAACACGCCAUACACACCUGAACUGACAGAUGAAGAGUGUCUCUCUAAGAGGAAGAGUGUUGGAGACAUUGUGUCUCUGCAGAUGGACUUGGACCAUUACUGUCCUCACACUCUCCAGGUGUCUGUCUCUGAUGAUGUUCUGUGUCUGUGA